CCGGCACGGCGGCAAAAAUACUACCUUCAAUUAGCCUCAUCGGCGGCCACCCACUAGCCAAAUCUAUUCAAAUUCGUCCCAGCGCCUGUGUGGCAAGGGGUCUUAUCGAUUAUCGAUCGAUGAAUCCACUCAAGCCAGGUCAGCGCGUUAUGACUGAGCUGCUUAAAAGCAUCACGAGCAUGGCAAACAUAAGGCAUCCGAUUAUUGACGUGCACACCCAUGUUUACUUGCCCCGGUACGCAGCCGAGCUUCGUGCAAGAACCUCAGCUCCCCGUAUUUUGAACUGGACAAACGGGGCCAAGACUGAAGAAAGACUGUUGAUUUUGGAUGGAGAGCCAAGUGGUGGUCGCCCAAUUGGUCCUCAGUACUGGGAUCGAGAUGAGAAGCUCGAAUUCAUGCGGAGGCAUGGUAUAAACAUCUCAUUCGUGAGUUCAGCCAAUCCAUGGCUCGAUUUCUUGCCAGCGGAUCGGGCUCAAACGCUAGCUCACGAACUGAACAAUAACCUUGAAGAGUAUUGUGCAACUUCUCCCCCUGCCGAGGGGUUCUCUGGUCUAAAGACACUCUACGGCUUCGGCCUUCUCCCUCUUGUCCCGGAUGUAGAAGUGUCUACCAUCAUUCAAACUAUAGAACAUCUUAAAUCACUCCCUCACAUCCGAGGCAUCAUCAUGGGAACCAAGGGGAUCGGGAAAGGUCUCGAUGACAAUGCGUUGGACCCAGUCUGGGACGCUAUCCAGGCAGCGAGGCUUGUCGUCUUCAUACACCCACAUUAUGGUGUUGACAGUACAGCGUUUGGAGAGAAUGAUAAUGGACAUGUGUUGCCACUGGCCUUGGGCUUUCCUUUUGAGACAACCAUUGCCGUCACGCGCCUCAUUCUCUCGGGUGUUUUGGAUCGUUUCCCGGACCUCCGUUUACUCCUAGCCCAUUCCGGGGGAGCCUUGCCUCAGCUGUCAUCUCGACUGGCCUCGUGCAUCCAACAUGAUCCUAUCGUUGCGAAUAGGUUGAAACAUGAUGCAAGAUAUUACCUUGGCCAACUCUAUUUCGACGCUGUUGCAUACGGGUCCGAAGAGUUGACCUUCGUUAGCCGAACCAUUUCUCGUGCAUCUACGUUCAAGAAUAGCGGGGGGACUGUUGAUCUUGCAGUUGGAAGUACCAGACUAUUGUUUGGUACCGAUCACCCAUUCUUCCCGCCACUUGAAGCAAGCCAAAAAUGGCCAAGUGUAGAAAGUAAUCUGGCAGCCAUCCGGAGUAUGGCUGGUGUAGAUUCCACACCGGAACAUCAGGCUAACAUACUAGGUUUGAAUGCCCUUAGACUUUUUGAUCUCCACGAUCAAGUAUACACAUGAUGUAUAUCCGUUGUCCGUUAAUUAGGAAUCUGGAUCUUCAAGCUGAAAUCUAUGUGUUGGACGG